GGCCGCCUCCGCAUCGUCGGGUUCAGUCUCAUCUCGCGGACACUGGCUUUCUCGAAACUCGACGUCGAAGUCAUCUGCAUCGCGGUAUUCACUGCUCUCCGGCGCUGGUGCCGAUAGCCUCUCGUACUCACAAUCUCACAAGGGCCACAAUGGUGCUGCGUCCAAUGUAUUCGGCGCGAAUGCUGCUGGAGCUGGUAUGACCAUGCUUGGGGUAUGGGAGAUGAAGGAUCUGCUCACUGAGGAAAGUGGGUUGGGACUGGAUCUGGAUGUGAGAGGGUCGUGGACGAUUCAUAAAUGGUGUUUGUUCUUGAGUGUGUUAUCGGUGUUGGCGUUGGGGAUCGCCGGUGUUGUGGGCUGUGUGUUAACGUGGUUUGCUGCUUACCCAUUGGCCCCACCCCUUAUAAUAACGGACGUCGCCGCCCUGACACUCCUGACUCUUUCGAGCUGUCUGCUCCUCCUCGCAUCUCUCUUCGGCCUCUCCGGUACCCUGCUCAAUUCUCGCCAGAUUCUCGCACUCUACACCCUGCUCCUCAUUCCCGCAUUCAUCUCCUGGACCUCCAUCGGCUACCUCACCUACAAGAAAUCCACAUUCAAGCUCGACAGAAAAUUGAGCGAGGCCUGGUUCGGCGUAUACGGUGACCCAGGCCGAGUCCUCUUGCAGAGCGCGCUGGAGUGUUGUGGAUGGGUCAACGCGGACCAUGGUGCGGUUUUCUCGCCCGGUGGAGGUGUUAGUGCAGGAGGGAUGUGUUGGCCGCGGACGGUCCUUCCCGGAUGCGAGGGUCCGCUCAUCCGAUUCGAGAGGGAGGUGCUCGGGACCAUCUACGGCGUCGUAUUCUCGGUCGUUCCGCUCUUGUUGAUCAGUAUCUGUGUGGCGUUGUUGUGUUCGAAUCACGUCACACAGAGGUUCGGGAAGGGCAUCAUGCCGCGGAAAUAUAGGCUGAGCGUGAAGGACCUGGAGGUUCUGUGGCGAGAGAGGGAGGCAAAGGCUGCGGAUGAGGCGAGGAAAACGAAGGAAAGGAAGGAGGCGUUAGAAGAGUUGAGAGAAUUGGGUGGGGGCGAGGGUUUGGGUUUGAGCGAGAGUACGAUGACGUUGGCGUCGACUAUCUCGAGAGCUUCGCGGGUGGGAGAGGAGUUCGCCGCUGAGAUGCAGGCCAUGAAUGAGAUGGGAUUGAGCGUGCCGAAGAAUGUGUCGCGGGGGACGUCGACUGGGUUGGGUGUAGGGAGGUUCAGGAAUGGUGACGAGGGUGCGGACAGACAGUCUCAGGGUACAAGAAGAAGAGUUUCUGCAAGGCGUGGGUAG